UUCCCAGCAGCAACUCCAGGGGCUCGCGGCUCCAUGCAUCAGCAGGCAUGAUAAUUACACACCCACUUCACACCAGCAGCCACAUCUUGGAAGCCCAUCCCCGACUCAAGACCCCCGGCACACACCUCAGGAGCCACACGGACACCGCUUUUGCCUCCUUUAACGACCGUUAUCAGAACUUGAAAGCAUUGAAUCCGUGGAGAUUUCCAACUUGCGGAGGCUGAUUCGUGCGCAGCCGCAUCAUUUGAUUCUUUUUGGGGGGGGGGAUAAGUUGAUUUUUUUUAACGAUGGCCAACUCCGGUAUCCAGCUGCUGGGAUUCUUCCUGUCCCUCAUUGGCGUCGUGGGGCUGAUCAUCGGGACCGUUCUGCCGCAGUGGAAGAUGUCCGCGUACAUCGGGGACAACAUCAUCACGGCUGUGGCCAUGUACCAGGGACUGUGGAUGUCCUGCGCCUUCCAGAGCACCGGGCAGCUCCAGUGCAAGAUCUACGACUCCAUCCUGCAGCUGGACAGUUCGCUUCAGGCCACUCGUGCCUUGAUGAUAGUUGGCAUCAUCGUGUCAAUCGCAGGGUUGGGCGUGGCCUGCAUGGGAAUGAAGUGCACCACCUGUGGAGGGAACAACAAACUGCGCAAGUCCCGCAUCGCCAUGACAGGGGGCAUCAUCCUCCUAGUGGGCGGGCUUUGUGCCAUCGUAGCGUGCUCCUGGUUUGCUCAUAAUGUCAUCAGGGCUUUCUACAACCCCUACACUCCUGUCAACACCAAGUUCGAGUUCGGCGCAGCCAUCUUCAUCGCGUGGGGGGGCUCCCUCCUGGACGUCCUCGGCGGGGCCAUGAUGGCCGCUUCCUGUCCGAGAAAGAAGCAGGUGUCCAAAUAUCCAUCCAUGGCCAGCUCCCGCUCCGGGGCUCAGAGCGGCACGAAGGAAUACGUCUGAGAGCGCCCCCUGUCCUUCUCUCUGCGGUGGUACUCAGACAAAGAAGCCCCCCACCCCCCCAACACACACACACCUUGUUGCAGCAUCAGCGAGGAGUCAAACUGAAGUUGUGAAUCACAGAUGCAAAGAAAUGAGACAUUUAUUUUCCUUUCCUUUCAGGCCUUUGAUAACCCCCCCCCCCGAUUAUCACGCUGCAAUCCCACUUAUUCCACGAACAAUGUCUCACACCCCGUCCACACAUUCCACGAUUGUUUACAAGUGGGCCUCGCAAACACAUUAUAAUUGGAUCCCCUGACUUAAUAGACAACCCUCAGGGUGGAACCUCUUGUAGCCUAAAGCGUGGGUUGCAGCCAACACUUGCACGUCCGUGUCAGAACCAGCGUCUAUUAGCGUUUGCCAUGUAAUUGAAAGUAAUCAAUUCCAGUUUGGUGUUUGGGCUGUGAAUCAGGGGGUCUGUACAACAGAGACGCAGGCUGACAAUACAGUGUUUUAUAUUAACUGGUGGUGGUUCUAAAAUAGCUUUUGCGACGAGCAGGGUGCGACUUCACACACAGGGCUCACUCUGUAGGGUGAGCGUGUCACACAGGCCCUUUUUUUACGACAACACUCACUACAGGCCCCGCACCUCUUCGUACCAGUCUGUUACAAACCCUGCUCGGCGACGAAAUAUUUCACCGCGCAGUCACCGUCGCUCUUAUAGCUUCCAUAUUCGCCACCACGGGAAUAAACUGCCUCUAUUUAUUUUGUAGGUUUUUUUGGGGCUCAUGUGUAGAUUUAUAUAAUUGGUAGUUCACUGUGGCCCCUUUUUGUAGCUUUCAUAUGUUUGUUAAGAUGUUUUGUGCUCUGAACAGUGUCUGGCUGUUUUUUUUAAUGUCAUAGUUUUAUACACUUGGCUCAUCCAGCAGGUAAUGGUGUCAUGGAAAAAGGAAUGAAAGAACAAUUUUAACAUGUACAACAGAACUUAUAUAAUAAAGACAUUGCAACAUUG